AUGUUGCACUCUCCAGAAGCUGUGCUCAAGGCGUCUAGUGUCAUACACUAUAUCUACCCUCCCGCGUUGUUUCUGUGCUUUCUCGUCAUGCAGGGCAUUACGGUUUGCACCAUGAAGAACUUGAAGGCCCCAAACAAGAUCGUACGGAGGAACCUGAUCCUUGGGAUUCAAUCUUUCGUUAUAGUUACAUAUGUCGCAGAAGCUGUAUUGUUGCUUGCUAGAUCUCUGGUUCAGAAGGGGUGGUACAGUCCCGAAGACCAUGUCGUUUAUGUACUCUCCGCAAUACUAGCAUGGGGUGCUAUAGAACUUGCUCUUCUCGACAGCGUAAACACCGUCUGGUAUCCCUAUUACGGAUGCUGGGUCCUAUCCCUUAUCACGGAAAUUUGUUUGAUCAUCCUUCCCAAUUAUUCCAGCGCACCGGACAACGCUUUCAAGAGGGCAAAGUCCAUUAUCCAAGCCAUUAGGAUUACUUUUCUUAUACUGUUACCUGCCGUAUUCUGGGGAUUUCAAAUAUAUGAUAACAGGAAAGAGGCUGGUAAUGAUGAAGAGUCGGCUGGGUUGCUCACACGCAAUAAUAGUAAUUCGGGUGGAAGUCGCUUAUAUGGCACUGCUAGUCCGGAGUGUGUCGACGAGAGCGUGGAGACGAGGGAAGCCAAGGCGAGGAUGCUUAAAAAAAUUGAAGAAAGCGGUAACUGGUGGAUAUACGCCAAGUCUUUUGCUAUCUUUUGGCCUUAUGUUUGGCCCAGCAAAGAUGGGUGGCUUAAAAUCUCGAUGGUCUUAGUCGGCAUAUGUCUGCUUAUCGAACGCGGUUUGAAUGUCAUGGUCCCUUAUCAGCUCGGCGUUGUUACCAACGCUUUAGCUCAUGGGAAUGGUUCCAUCCCAUGGGUUCAGGUCUCCCUUUAUGUUAUGUAUCGUUGGCUGGAUUCCGGGUCCGGUAUCUCAGCAUUGCAAAGAUAUCUCUGGAUGCCAAUCGAUCAAUAUGCUUACCGUUCCAUCACGACUGCUGCGUAUAACCAUGUCAUGUCACUGUCCCAUGACUUCCAUACCAACAAGAAAACGGGCGACUUAUAUAGCUCAGUCAAUCAAGGAAGAUCUGUUAAUGGGUUUAUCGAAUCGGUUCUAUUUUCAGUAUUGCCAAUGCUUGCUGAUCUGUGCGUUGCUUUUGUAUACUUUUACAUAGCAUUUAAUUCGUAUAUGGCGUUGAUUGUGGCGGUGGUUUCCAUGGUUUAUCUAUGGGUCACUGCGAGACUCGGCGCAAGGAAGAACCAGAUGCGAAGGGAUUUCAACGCUGCGUCAAGAAAGGAGGCAAGUAUAAUGUGGGAAACUAUGUCUAGUUGGACAACAUACUUCAAUCGCGUCCCUUACGAACAGGACCGAUACUCGGAGGCAAUUCGAAAUUACCAGCGUGCCGAACGAAAGUGGGAUAUUGGUUUGCGUGUUUUGAAUGUUGCACAGAGCCUUAUCUUUACCAUUGGCCUCCUAGCUGCCAGUUUCCUUGCCAUCUACAUGGUAACCAUGGGACAAAGGCCAGUCGGAAGUUUUGUCACUCUGUUGUCCUACUGGGCUCAGCUCUCAAGCCCCCUAGCAUACUUUGCCAAUUUUUACCGUAGGAUCCAGACGCAGAUGCUUGAUGCAGAAAGACUUUUGGAGCUUUUCCAAACAAAGCCCACCGUUGUCGAUAAGCCAGGAGCAAUGGACCUGAAGCUGAUAAGCGGAGAAAUUGAGUUCGAAAAUGUAAAAUUUUCAUACGAUCCUCGAAAGCCCGCUAUAAAUGGAAUCAACUUCAAGGCCCCUGGAGGGUCGACUAUCGCGCUGGUGGGCGAAACGGGUGGGGGUAAAACAACUUGUUUGAAGUUACUUUUUAGGUUCUUUGAUGUGGAAUCCGGGGCCAUCAAAAUCGAUGGACAGGAUAUCAAAGAUGUGACCCUCUGGAGCUUACGAGAAAAUAUGGGCGUUGUUCCUCAAGAUCCGGAGCUGUUUAAUGACACCAUCAUGAAUAAUAUCAGAUAUGCCAAUUUUGAUGCGACAGAUGAACAGGUUUUUGCUGCUUGUCGCGCGGCAUCGAUUCACGAUAAGAUUGAAAGUUUUCCCGAUGGGUAUCUUUCUAAGGUCGGCGAGCGUGGUGUAAAGCUUUCAGGCGGCGAACUUCAAAGAGUAGCCAUAGCCAGGGCGAUUCUCAAGGACCCGAAGAUCAUCUUACUAGACGAAGCGACCAGCAUGGUCGAUAUGGAGACUGAGCGUCAAAUCCAAUCCGCAUUUAAGGAACUCUCAAUAGGUCGUACAAUGUUUGUGGUUGCGCAUCGUCUUUCGACGAUAAUGAAUGCCAACCUUAUUAUUGUCAUCCAGGAUGGCGGAAUCCUCGAGAAAGGUAGUCAUGAUGAGCUCAUCGAGCUAAAGGGCAAGUACUACCAUCUAUGGUCCAAACAAAUGAAAAACGAGGGGCCAAAAUCCAGUGCGGAUCUAAAAGAUAUGGCCAUGGUCAAUGAUCUUUCUCCAAAAUCUCGAGAAGAAAAACUUAGGACAGCUCUCCAAAAAACAGGGGCUCGAUUUCAUACUGCUGAUCCCUGCCUACUUGAAGACAAUAAAAUGGAUGGAACUUCUAGUAGCUCCGGUAUUUUUAUGAAGAAAGAUAAAAAGGCCGCGGUUGGAGAAUCCGUUUCUACUCAAGCAUCUGUAAGGUCAAACGGACAUCCAAAUGUUUCCUUUGCUACUCAGGAAACUCCUUCUCUCGGGAGAUCACAAGAUUCCCAGUUCCGUCCCCAGAACCUUUUCCGGGCCAUGUCCCCGGCCCACAGCAUCCUGAAGAAUGUUGAUAUCCCAAAGCAGCCGGAGGGUCAGCUUUCAUUUGCAUCGCGUUCGGUAACUCCCAAGCUCUCGUCCUCACUUAAGCCCGAUGCUAGAGAAUUUAUUCCGAACGAGGCCGUCCCCAGGGAUAUACCCCAGGAAUACAACUCGAUUCCACAACAAGUUCAAGUUGGGUUUACUCCCAAGGAGUCCUUUUCCAUCAAUAACAAGAACUUUACUGGUGAUACCACUACGUCAGUAUCUGUUCUGACAAAUGAAGAUUCAAGGUCAGAAAAAACAUCGAAUACCAAUCAGGAAUCUGAAGCCCAUGAAGAAGACCAGGGUGUUAUUGUGCAGAAUGUCGAGGAUAGGAUCGAUGAAGCCCUCAAAAUCGCCGAGGAAAAGAUGAAAGAACUUGAAGGAAGGGAUGGGGGGGGGACAUACAUCAAAACACCAAUUUCCUCCUCAAAGAACGAAAUUCAUGAGGAAGAUGGUCAAGAUGAACAGCCUACCUCUCCUCUAAUGGAGACUCAACCCGACGCUGAACUUAAAAAGAAGCGCCGAAGGAGCCGUCGAAGAAGUAAUAAGUCAAAGUCCUUAGUGGACGCAUCGAUGGAGGAUCAAGAUGCCGGCGGUGUCAUCGUCACCGGAUACCCUGAGCCCACCCCAAUUACCACUCUACCCAGUGAUACUAGCAAUGUGCCUCAAAUGGUUUCUAUUUCUCCACGCCCCGUAAAUGAUGGAGGGCCCUCAAAUGUCAUCGGAGGAGAUCUUAAUUCCACAGCCUCUGGUCUCGAGAAGAAGCCAAAGCGCCGCUUCCGUACUAGGCCUUCAGCUAAACCGCAGAGUCCUAAAGCUGAAACUGAAAAUCAGGAACCAGGUCCCCACCGGGGUUCUACUCCUUCUAACGAGGUAUCCUCAAGGCAAUUUAAAGGAAAGGGCAGAGCUAGUUCUUUCAUCGAUGGUGAUUAUCGUUCUAUAACGAGAGAAGAUACCCGUCCUUCCCCAAGAGAUGGACUGCAGACUUCUAUCCAUUCUAACCAACCUGAACAAUCGGCAUCUAAUAAUGGAACCAUCCCUAAAGGCCCAGGCCGACGAAAGACCUGGGGGAGGUCUUAUGGUUCAAAGUCCACAAAUAAUUGGAGGAAACCAGACAGCGAGGGCCCUGGUGAUGGGUCGCAAGGUAGUUAUCGCAAAUAUUCGAACGAAUCACCUGGCGCUUGA